GGAGGGGGAAGAGAAAGAAAAAGAGGCAGAGAGGAAGAACAGAACCCUCGGUAUGUUGCUGUUGUUCUUCAUAAUGACAGCUAUAUUUGCCGGCUAAUAAGGAUUUCAGAAUUGACCAAGAGGAAACGCAUACUUGGCAAUGACACAAUCCUGUCGGCAUAGUUAUUUAACAUAAGGAAACUCCCACAGGGAAAGGCUUAAAGAGCUCAGGGAAGGUUGAGACGCUUGCCAGACUGUGCCGGCACUCCAGAGAACGUGUUGAGUUGUUUAUGUUCGGUUUCCAGCAGAUGACAGCAUGAAUUCCACCCAAGGCCUGUAUCGUUUUUCAUGUGGGUCCCUCAGGGGCGUUGGAGGAUGUGGCUUCACCCAUACUGGGGGUCUCCACAGAGCUUCCAGCAUGCAUGCAGGCAGCACAACUUAUAUUCCCAUUGCCGUCGGAAGGCCAGUCUGGGUGAACUGUGAGGGAGGGGCAGGGUGGGUAAGUGCCCUGGGAACAUCUUGUGAGAGCCAAGGGAACAUCUUCUUGGACAGAAGCGAGAAGCAGACGAUGCAAGAGCUGAACGACCGCUUGGCUGCCUACCUGGACCGAGUGCGUUCUCUGGAGGAAGCCAACACUCAGCUGGAGGGCUGGAUCCGGGAGUGGCACAAUAAGAGAUCUCCCAGCAACCAGUAUGACUUCAAGGAAUACGAGGAAAACAUAGUAGACAUGCAUGAGCAGAUUGAAAAUGGACGGGUUACCAAUGCAAGUGUUGUGCUACAGAUCGACAAUGCUAAAAUGGCAACAGAGGACUUCAGGAUCAAGUACGAGAAAGAAAAAGCACUCCGUCAAAGCGUGCAGAAUGAUGUUGAACACAUUCGUAAGGAACUUGACAAUAUGACAAUCAUCAUAACUGAUCUGGAAAUGGAGAUUGAAGCUCUGCGAGAAGAUCAUAUCCUCAAGAAGAAAAAGCAUGAAGAGGAUAUGGCAGCACAUGCCCCUUCUGAGGACCUGCAGGUGAAUGUGAAGGUGAAUGCAGCCCCACCAGAAGAUCUGGCCAAGAUUCUGGCAGGGAUAAGAGAAGACUAUGAAGCAAUAAUUGAGAAGAACAGCAAGAGCCUUGACGCCUGGUACCAACAGCAGUUUGCAAAUGGGUCAACUGAAGCGGGCCCUAACCGUGAAGAACUACAAUCUGCUCGGAAAGAAAUCACUGAACUGAAUCGUACACUGCAAACCCUGGAAAUCGACCUGCAGACCCAACUAAACAAGAAAUAUGCCCUGGAGAAUAGCUUAGACGAAACCAGAUCUCGUUACUCCUUUCAACUCCGAAGCAUCCAACACACCAUCUCCAAAUGUGAAGAAGAGCUAUGUAACCUUCGCCACGAUAUCAAGCGUCAAAACAACCAGUACAAAGUUCUCCUGGGAAUCAAAACUCGCCUGGAAAAAGAGAUUUCCACUUACCGCCAAUUGCUGGAGGGGAAAACUGAAGGGAUUACAGGCUUGGAGUCAAGUUUUAAAGAUACCGGCAGUUUGAACAGCCAAAAUCUCAAGAAAAUUGUGCAAGACAGUGUGGAUGGACAUAUAGUUGCCACGCACACUAUUGAGAUAAAAAGACAGGUGUAACCUCAUGGGUGUGAAGAAAGAAAAUUCUUCUACAUAGAAAAAAACCUACAGAUUUUCAGUAUUUAAACAACUCUUUUAGGAAUCUAUGCUCAUUUUUUUGGCGAUCACCUGUUUCGCACAAACAGUGUAAUUUAAUUUAAUAUGAAUGCACAUUCUCCUUUUGGCUCUGACUUCUUUAAAGACCAACAAAACAAAUAAAAAUGUUAAGAAGCUACUCUUGUUCCUGGUGCCCAGAGUUUAAGCGUACCAAUACAUCAGGAGUGUUUUGAUUGUGUCUUCCUGCAUGAAAGGUGCUUGGACUUGAUAGCCCUUGUGGUCUCUUCCAACUCUAUGAUUCUAUGAUUCUGUCAACAAAGAAGUGUGUUGAAAUGCUGCCUAGCUAAAAAUAUCAAAAUGUAAUCUGAGGGAAGGGUAUGAAGCUGGCUAGUGAUGAUUCUGCAUUAACGCUUUCAAACAAAUUCAAUUGCAAACUUUGUUAAAAGAGGAUGCACCUCUGGAAAGCUUAUUCAUCCUGGCUUUGCAUGAGCUGUCUGCUUAAAAUAUUCUGAAAACCAGAUCUAUUUAGAAACAGCUGAAAAUAAAUGUUCAAACCUAUUUGUAAUUCAGUGAAUAACCAACCAUUAACUGUGACUGAAUUUCAUUUGUAAUACACUCUACCUUUUCCCCAGUGAGUAUACAAAGAAUUGUACAAUAAACCUUCACAUUAGCUGGG